GUAAAUUCAAAUUGAAAUUUAUUUUCUCACCUUCUAUGACCUAAUUACUAAUUAUUUGUUGAAAUGGAGACUAUUUGACGGGUUGUACACUAAAGUCACCUUUUUUUUUUUGGAAUGUUAUUAUUUUAGCCUACAGAGUUCAUAAUAUAUAAAUUUAGAAAAAGAUAAAGAAAAAAAAAAGUGGAGGGCAUAUCUGUCUAAAAGAAAAGAGGCAUAGUAAAGUAAGGGCGAAAGAUAAAUAAGAGUCACGUCAGGAAACGUGUUGUUGGAUUUGACGUUCACUAUUCAUCUGGUUUUCAUGAAUGAAGACGAAGAAGAAGAAGAACACCAACAUCCUUUCCCUUCGUUACAGUACGAAACGCUCUCAAAAAACCAGACACACAAAGCAAAGCCAAAAGGUCAAAUCAAAAGAAAACUAACCGUUAUGGCUUCAGAAGCACUGCUUCAGCUAGGUCUAACCCUAGAGGAAUUCACCGAACUGGAGAGCACCAUCAACACGCACCACAAGUUCGCGCCAUCCCCCAAAAUCUGCACCUCCAUCAUAGCGCAGCGUAUCGAGGCUCCCGCGCACACGGUCUGGCCCCUCGUUCGAAGCUUCGACAACCCGCAGAAGUACAAGCACUUCAUCAAGAGCUGCAACAUGCGCUCCGGCGACGGCGGCGUCGGCAGCAUCCGGGAGGUCACCGUCGUGUCCGGUCUCCCUGCCUCCACCAGCACCGAGCGCCUCGAGAUUCUCGACGACGUCAACCACCUUCUCAGCUUCCGCGUGGUCGGCGGCGAGCACAGGCUCCACAACUACCGCUCCGUGACGUCGGUGAACGAGUUCAACAAGGACGGUAAGGUUUACACCGUUGUGUUGGAAUCCUACGUUGUGGACAUUCCCGAAGGGAACACCGGAGUGGAUACCAAGAUGUUUGUGGACACCGUCGUUAAGCUUAACCUUCAGAAACUUGGGGAGGUUGCCAUGGCUACCAUUCUGCACUGAUCAACUUCAAUAUCACUCUCACACUACCUUCACUUCAUUCCUACCUUAGUUACUAUAUAUUGAAAGUAUAUUAUUGGGCCGAUUCUGGAAGCCCAGCCCACUUCCCUUUAGCCUCUUUAUUUACCUUUUGUUUUUUACCUUUUUGCUGUAACAUAUACAUACAAAAACAUUUUUCAGUUUUCCUCUCUGUGAUUCACGUCAGACACAAAAAGGGGUUUUAUCCUUUUUCAUUUUCACUGUUCGUCUUCUUCAUCUUUUGCCUGUAAGUGUCAGCAUCUCAUUUCCUUUCUUCCUUCUCAUCUAUUAACUA